AUGAUAGCAUUCUUGAAGAAGCACAUAUUUGUGAGAUUUGGAGUUCCAAGAGCCAUAAUAAGUGAUGGGGGAACCCAUUUUGAUAACAGGUUUGUUGAAGUUGUUCUUGCAAAGACAGCAUUCAAGACUCCUAUUGGAAUGUCUCUAUUUCAGUUGUUAUUUGGGAAAACAUGUCAUUUGCCUGUGGGUUUGGAGCAUAGAGCAUUAUGGGCUAUUAAGUUCUUAAACUUUGACUCAAAAGCAACAGGUGAGAAAAAACUACUGCAAUUGGAUGAACUGGAUGAGUUUCGUCUGUCUGCAUAUGAGAGUGCCAACCUAUAUAAGGAGAAGACCAAGCUAUGGCAUGACAGGAAGCUCACACCAAGGGAUUUCAAGGUGGGAGAUCAAGUGCUGUUAUUCAACUCCAGGUUGAAAUUGUUUCCAGGGAAGCUGAAGUCUAGAUGGUCUGGACCAUUUGUAGUUAAGAGCUUGAGCCUACAUGUUGCAUGUGCCUCAAGCUAA